GAAUAAACAAAUAACAGAAGCAAAAACAAUAACCAAAAAAAUGAAUAGCAUUCAGCCGCAAAGCACACUGUUUCGGCGUCGAGACGGGCACCCACAAGAGGAGAACGGCAGUCCCUACGGCGCCUCGUCCUCGCCGAUGCCGCUGCAGCCGCGCAGCAACGCCGCGAGCCCUUCUGCACCCCUCCACACGAACGCCGCGCAGGAGCAGGAGAACGACGCUCUCAUGCAGGCUCUUUUAGCCGACAUGCGCAGAACGAAAAAAGGGUUCACGAAGCUCGGCGAUGAGGUGCGAGAGCAAAACGCCUUGUUGGAGAAGCUGAAGUUGACGUUUCGGAGCGCGCAAGGCUCCCUGCGCAAAACUAUGCUUAAUUUGGACAAGAUUGGCUGGGGCAGCUUCAAGCACAUGUGGAUUCUCGCACUCUUUGUCAUUGUGUUCUUCAUGCUUCUCUAUCUGAUGCUGAAGUUCCGCUGA